AUGCUGUACACUGUUUGUGUCGUUCCUGUGCAGCGCACUCCAGUGAAAGUCGGUCCUAACGAUUUACAGAGAAAAGUCAAGGUCGUCACCGACCAACAUGUCAUAGUGUCGCUGACUGAACCUUCUUCAUUUUCUGCGCGCAGUGAUAAGCCUUCUCCUGUCGCUGAAUUCCCUAUGAGAGAAUGGAGCAUCCGUCUGUUCCUACUUGACGAGGACGGCAACGAGCACCCAGGCGACGUUUUCACCAAGGUUGUCUACAACCUGCACCCUACCUUUGAUAAUCCCGUCCAAUCUUUCACCAAGCCUCCGUUCGCCUGCACCAAUGAGGGUUGGGGUGAGUUCGAAAUCUCCAUCGACUGCUACACCACCGAAAAGACCAAACUCGCCCCCAUCAUCCACGAUCUCAACUUUCUCGAGCCCAAGUACGAGGCCACUCACAACGUCGUCUUCAAGAAUCCGUCUCAGGCCUUGCAGGAGCGCCUACGCGAGACAGGACCCCUACCCACGGACGAGGACCGCCCCAGGAAGAAGGGUGUCGCCGGUGGCAAAAAGAGUGGCCAAAAGUACGACUAUGAAAAGAUUGCCGAGGCUCUCGAGAAGCUUGAAGAGGAGGACCUACUGCGCGUCAUUCAGCUCAUCAAUGAGAACAAGGGGCCUAAUACUUAUAUAAGAAGUGAUGUCGACGUGGAUGACCUGAAUGAAGCCGGCGAAUUCUCGAUAGAUCUGUAUACGAUGCCUGACCUUCUGACCACGAAGCUGUGGGACCAUCUCUCUAAGAAGGGCAUGGUUGCCUAA